AUGAUUGGUGUGGUUGAUCGACUAAGCGGUUCUUCUAACGAGCGAAUCACCAACUGCCACGUGGAUGGUGGCCUCAGCCUUGCGAUUAACCACCCUUUUGCAGUUUCGUCGAGCCACGCCCCUACGAUUGCCCGCUUCUCUCCGCGUUCCCUCCCCCUCCAAGUGUCCCCUCUCCUCCCCCUUCUGUUCCGCGCGUUGACGUCUUCCGCCGCGCCAACCGCGCGCGGGGAAGCACCAGGGGACAGCGACUUUCGCGGAGUGGCGCAAGCGGGGGAUGUACCGGAGGCGGAGGGGGAGGCGGUGGAGGAGGGGGAGGGAGAUGGGGAUUUGGCAGGCUCGAUCCCGCGGGUUGCGCCUUUACCGGAGGACCUGACAGCCGCGCAGGUGGCAGCGCUGAGCGCGGAGGGCGGGGAGAAGGCGGAGAAGGCGGAGGCGGAGGGGGCGGAGGGGAGCAUUCCGCUGCCGUGCUUCGUGAGCGAGGGGCUGGAGGGGGAGAAGCGGAAGGGGAAGAAGGGCAGCGCGGGGGCCGUAGAGCUGCUGAGUCUGGCGGACGCCAUCCGGAAAGUCAAGGUGGGCCGCUCUGCCGCAUCCCGCCGCAUUCUGCCACCGCAUCCUGCCUCGCGCUUCGUGCCCGUCACAUGUCGCGUGUCUCCACUGCCGCACCGCCGCAUCCGCAACCGCUCACCUUCGCUCCCCCCCCUCUUCCCGCCUCUCCUUCCUCCCUACCAUCCCUCCCCAAUUUCGCCCUACCCUCCCCCCCUUUCCCCCACUCCCCACGCGCCCUGCGGGUGGCGCUGGUCGCGCGUGUGUGCCGUGGCGGGGUGGGCGCGGCAGGAGGGGGCGAGGGCCAAGUUUGACGAGACGGUGGAGGUGCAUGUGCGCCUGGGCAUCGACCCCAAGCGCAGCGACCAGGUGCGCCGCUCCUCCAUCCCCCCCUGCAAGCCCCGCUGCCACUCGCUCAGCAACGCACUGCAUCUCCCAGCGUCGCAUGGUGCGCGGAUCAGCGCAGCUCCCCAGAGGCACGGGCAAGGUCAGUGCGCUCCCUCUCCUCCUCCCAAGUCUCCCGCUCCCGCAUUCGCCAUCUCGCCAUCUCGUUUCCUCCCCGCUUCUCCCCAUCCUCACCUCCACAUCUCGGGGGGUCUGCUUGCCUCUUCGCUCCUCCCCGCCCGCACUGCCGUGUCUCCUGCUCACCUGCUUGCACCGGUGCCCACUCCUCUCGUGCGCCAGUCCACAGACUACCUAUGUGCCUGCAACAUGCCCACCUCCGUGUACUGCCCACCCUGCCCCUCUCCCAUCUACUCUCUCCCAUUCCCGGCCAUUCCCCUCUCCAUUUCCCCUCCCUCGUUCCCCUCUCCAUUUCCCCUCCCUCAUUCCCCUCUCCAUUUCCCCUCCCUCAUUCCCCUCUCCAUUUCCCCUCCCUCAUUCCCCUCUCCAUUUCCCCUCCCUCAUUCCCCUCUCCAUUUCCCCUCCCUCAUUCCCCUCUCCAUUUCCCCUCCCUCAUUCCCCUCUCCAUUUCCCCUCCCUCAUUCCCCUCUCCAUUUCCCCUCCCUCAUUCCCCUCUCCAUUUCCCCUCCCUCAUUCCCCUCUCCAUUUCCCCUCCCUCAUUCCCCUCUCCAUUUCCCCUCCCUCGUUCCCCUCUCCAUUUCCCCUCCCUCAUUCCCCUCUCCAUUUCCCCUCCCUCAUUCCCCUCUCCAUUUCCCCUCCCUCAUUCCCCUCUCCAUUUCCCCUCCCUCAUUCCCCUCUCCAUUUCCCCUCCCUCAUUCCCCUCUCCAUUUCCCCUCCUUCAUUCCCCUCUCCAUUUCCCCUCCUUCAUUCCCCUCUCCAUUUCCCCUCCCUCGUUCCCCUCUCCAUUUCCCCUCCCUCAUUCCCCUCUCCAUUUCCCCUCCCUCAUUCCCCUCUCCAUUUCCCCUCCCUCGUUCCCCUCUCCAUUUCCCCUCCCUCAUUCCCCUCUCCAUUUCCCCUCCCUCAUUCCCCUCUCCAUUUCCCCUCCCUCAUUCCCCUCUCCAUUUCCCCUCCCUCAUUCCCCUCUCCAUUUCCCCUCCCUCAUUCCCCUCUCCAUUUCCCCUCCCUCAUUCCCCUCUCCAAUUCCCCUUGCCCUUUCCCCGCGCCGUGCCCCUCUGGCAGGCGGUGCGGGUGGCGGUGUUUGCGGAGGGGGAGGAGGCGGAGGCGGCAGCAGCAGCGGGGGCGGACGUGGUGGGGGGAGCAGACCUUAUAGCGGAGGUCAAAGCCAGUACGUGCUGUGCUGCCAGCGGGGGGGGAGAGCUCACAUACCCCCCUCGCACAUGCCAUGCACCGUUCGCAUGGCGCAACUCCUUUCACAUGAUGUUUCCCGCCACCCAUGCAUGUCCUGUCAACCAUGUUGAGAUUCAAUGCGCAGCCGCAUACCUCACAGUCCUGUCGUGCCCUUCCGGUGCUCAUCUCACUUUCUCCUUCGGGAUGCCAUGCUGCCAUGCUGGCAUGUUUCCUGGCGUUGCAAUGGCAGGUGGUGGCAAGCUGAGUUUUGACAAGUGCAUAGCAACGCCCGCGCUCAUGCCCAAGCUGGGUCAGAUAGCGCGCAUCCUUGGUCCACGUGGCCUCAUGCCCAACCCCAAGAUGGGCACAGUGACGGUGCAUGUGGGGGAGGCAGUGAGGGCGGCCAAGAGAGGCAAGGCGGACUUCAAGACGGACAAGACGGCCAACGUGCACGUGGGCAUCGGCAAGGUGAGCUUCCCGGACGAGGCCCUGGCAGAGAAUGCAGCAGCGUUUGCAGCGGCUCUGCUGGCAGCCAAGCCCGUGGGGCUCAAGAAGAGUUCGCGCUUCUUUGGCUACUUCAGCACCUUCACGCUCUCCUCCACUAUGGGCAAGGGUGUGCGAGUCACUGUUCCAUCAAUAGCAGCAGCUGCUGACGGCUUUAUCAAGGGCAGCAACAUCGCCGUCCGACCGUUGUCACGACUCGGCGAAGCCAUGCGCCUGCAGGGAAAAUUCGCGUUCAUCACGGGGGCGGCGCGCGGCAUCGGCGCGGCGUGCGCGCGCAAGUUCGUGGCGGAGGGCGCAAGGGUGGCCAUUGCUGACGUGUUGGAAGAGGAGGGGCGCCAGCUGGCUGCUGAGCUGGUUGCCGCUGAUUCGCAAACGGCGGCACAGGCUGGGCGGAGUGGCGGGGCGGAGGGGAGUGCUUCCGCGGAAGGGGAGAAAGGGGAUGGUGGGUGCGCGGAGGAAGGUGGGGAAGGGACACGGGGCGCGGGAGAGGGCAGCGGAGCAGAGAGCAUACCGUGCGCGAUCUUCGUGAGGUGCGACGUGUGCGAUCGCGAUUCCAUCGCAUCUGCACUCGCCGAGGCGGUUGCGGCGCUGUCCCCCGGAGCGGGCGCGCUGCACGUGCUGGUCAACAACGCGGCGGUGCAGAGCUGCAAGAGCCUGCCCGACACCGCGCCGCGCGACUGGGACGCCGUCGUCGCCGCGUCGCUCUCGUCCGUCUUCCACGCGACGCAGCUCGCGCUGCCGUACCUGCGACGCGCGGAGCGAGGCGCCGCGGCCAUCGUGAACGUGUCGUCGUCGUUCGCGCUAGUGGGGUCGGCGGGAUACGCGGCGUACCACGCGGCGAAGGGUGGCGUGUCGUCGCUGACGCGCGCGGCGGCGCUGGGGCUGGUGGCGGAGGGCGUGCGCGUGAACGCCGUGUGCCCGGGCACCACGCUCACGCCGGGGCUGCACGAGAGCGUGGCGCAGCAGUGCCCGGACCCAGCAGACGCACAGCGCCUCAUGGACUCCUUCCUCGCCAGGCAGCCGCUUGCCAGGUUUGGAAGGGCAGAGGAGGUGGCGAAUGUGGUGGCGUUUGUGGCGAGCGAGGAGGCGAGCUUCAUGGUGGGCGCCAACGUGGUCGUGGACGGUGGCUACACCAUCGUAUGA